UGUUGUUUAAGGCAAUUUUUCAUGCAUAUCGACAUCGUAUCCAAACUUAGCAAAAUUACACAUCGCAAUUCACUCCUUUUCUUUUUAUCACCAUUUCCAUUUUUCACAAACACAAGUCAUUCUCUACAAUCUUCUUCCUCUUGUUCCUCUUCUUCUUCAAUCAAACCCGAUGCCAUGCCAAGCCAAAAAAUGCAGACCCACACAAACAACAACCAAACAAUACCCCAAAAACAAGGAGUAAUCAUCACUGUCUACGUUGAAUCUCCAAAAUUACAAGACAAUAAUUCCCAUAAACCUCCCAUUAUUCCCCACAAUAACAUCAACAAUCCAAACUCUGCUCUUCCCAAAACCCCCAAUUCCACAGGCUACGAUCGUCGGGCUCAGCUUCUCGCCUACUCUCGCCACCUCAGAAAUCAAAAUUCCUCUCUCUCCCAAUCGUCCAAAACCGAAUCCAAGAAAUGGAAAUGGAGGGUCCGAUCGGAGGCGCCGGCGGUGCGGCGGAUGCCCUCGAGAAGGGCGUUGCAGCGGUGGAGAUAUGAACGUGUUGGGAUGAUGAGAGAAGAGACAACAGAGGUGGUGGAUCAGCCAUGCCGGCCCAAGUGCUUUGGUGGAAAAAGCAGCAAGAAAAGCACCGUCAAAUCGGGCUCUUCCAUAUUUAGGAAAUUGAAGAGUUUGUUGGGAGAGUUAUCAAAUGGCUGCAAACGCUAGUGGGUAAGGAUUGAGAACGAAAAUGGUGAGAUAAUCAGAUCCGCCAUUUGUGUUAGAGUUCGUUGUUUUUCACCACGUUACGAUGUGCACUUGCUGCGUAUUGAUUGGGCUGCGAAGAAGCAAAGUUUAAGGGUGUUGUGUAUGUUGAUGACUUGGGUGCAAGGAAAAAAUGUUUCUCUUCCAACUCGUUGUGGGGUGGUUGUGUUUCUUUUGACUUUUUGACGUUUAACACUCUUUAGUGGUUAUGUUGGUUUUGUUUUUUGGUCGUGCUUUGUUUUCUUCCACCAUCAAACAUAACUUCUUUCUCAUUUAGGUACGCACGAGACAAUUUUGCUAGCAAGCAACCAAAUAGUGUAAUGUGCAUAUUUCAUCUAAGUAAUCUCACUUUUUUUUAGCUUAUCAUGUCAUCCCCCUCUCAUUCAUUCCAUUUCAACGAGAUGGAGUAACGUCUUCUAGCUACACAUCACAUGCUCAUGGUGCCUCAACACCCCCAAUUCGAACACACGCCUUGCAACACGUCACCAUUACCGAUACCAUAGCAACCUCCUUGGACCUCCAACACGAGCAUAAUUCUAAAAGCAAAAUACGAAGAAGGAUUUGAUUUAAAAAAACCAUACUAUAAAAUAAUUCCAAAGUAUGCUCUACAUACGAAUAAAGAAAUGUCGGUAGUAUGAACAAAAAAACUACACUGAUCUUCGUGCAACUCAAUCCCAUUAUACAGCAGAAAAAGUUUUUAAAAAGACAAAUUUCAAGAAUUUGCCACACGACACGAACGAGAGGAUUACAAAUAGAUAAGUGCAGCAAAAUUGCACUCAAAUAUUUGACUAUCAGGAUUUAGUGGUGGAAUGAAUGUGGUUGGGCAAAGACAAUGCCACAAUGGGUUAGUCCAAGUGCAAAGCAGACCAUGGAGUCCUGGAAAAAAAAGAUGGAACAUUGACGAAAAGAACCAUAAAAAUAUUAAAUGUUAUUUAACAUCAUAAGGGAUCAGAAAAAAAUAUAUAUUUGUUCCAUUGUCGUGGUCUGUUUAGUCAGUCAAUGUAAAUCAAAUGCAUCCCCAAAUGAUAAUUGAUAACAAAUCAAAGCAGCUCAGAAGGAGCUCCGCUGCUGAAAUACCUUCCUUCUUGCUUUCCAGACUAAAUCUCUGAGAUGGAUCCUGGCUAUUCCCCUGAACAACGGCGGAGAAGAAAACACCCAAGACUGGCUGUUAAAUCCAAAUUUUGACCAUUAAAGAAAAA